AGACUUUGUUCGGUUGCUUGAACUCCCAACUUGAACUGAGAAAAAGCAUAAUAAAGUCAUUUUGAUUCAUUGAGUGCACAUGUGAAUAUUCUGUAUUGUUUUGGCUCAUAGUUAGCUGAGAUGGAUGCCUUGUUAUGAAAAUCAGACGAGAAUUGCACACAACAUUUGCGCCUUUUGCCUUUUAUAUCCCUCCACUUUACUACCUCAUUCCUGUCAAUCCCAUGGAGUUUGACUUGAUCCGCCACUAAAGGAGAGAGGAAACCGGUGGAUUGAUUUUGGUGUUCUCGUUCUAUUUUCGUUUCCCUUCUGUACCUUCCGAUCCAAGGCUGGGGUUAUAUACCCAGAUUUAAGCUCUGCUCUAUUGGACAAUCGGACUUACACUUCACCGGUGUUCGUGUACGGAUAGUACAGUUGAGAGUUGCCUGACAACCCAGACAGUCAGUCCCACAAAACAAUUCGGUUCUCAUUCAAGCACAUUUGACAUAGUCUCAACUUGUCUUUCCAAACUUAUCAGCAUCUAGAUUCAGACAGGGCGAUAUGGCGACGGAGAAACUUACAUCAGUCGAUGGCGAGGUAACCAAAUGUGACUUCGAAAUGGUGAACGAUUCGACGUCGAAAAGGACUAAUCGGGUGUCAAUGAGCAGGGCCCAGGCCAUCGCAGUUGUUGUGGUGUUUGCCGCAAUUGUGAUUCUCGUAGGUGUUCUGUGUUAUUACGAGACCAAAAGGGAAUGUGAUCGCAAAAAUGCCGCGGCUGUCAUGGACAAUGACGUCGAAGAAAACGGCGACGUCAACGACUCUGACAAUGACGGGGAACAGCGACCGAAUACGACGCCGCAAAUUGUAUUGUCCCACCCGCCAGCCGUAGAAGACCCUGGACCGUGGAAAGGCAGGCUCCCUACCGACGUCGUCCCUGAAUCCUAUGAUAUCUUUAUCAAACCUUACCUCAAUGAUGAGGACGUUGAAGGGACGCACAAAAGACGUUUUACCUUUGAUGGUCGUGUGGUCAUUCAAAUACGAUGUGACAUUCCAACAGAUGAAAUCGUGCUUCACCUGAGUAACAUAACCGUUGUUUCAAUCAACGUCAUUGAUGCAGAGGAAGGGGGUGACGAUUUAUAUGAUUCGACGUCCUACGAGAGUCGAUAUUCGUUUCUCCGAAUAGCACUAACGGAAGGGCUACAGCAGGGGCAAACCUAUAAUGUGACUUUUAUCUACAUUGCGGAGAUCAGAGAGCAAUGGGAUGGAUUGUAUCGCAGUAGCUAUGUAGAUGACAGAGGCAAUCAAUCAUGGAUGGCUGUCACUCAAUUCCAGCCCGUCUCUGCCCGUUAUGCAUUUCCAUGCUUCGAUGAACCAAUCUUUAAAGCAGUCUUCAACGUCCAAAUCAUGCACCGAACCAACAUGGUCGCCCUUUCUAAUGGUCGCGAGAUCGACACCAUCGACCAAGGUGACGGGUGGUCAUUGACUAGGUUCGAGCCCUCACCAGUCAUGUCAAUCUAUCUACUUGCCAUAGCGGUCGGUGUGCUUGACUACAGAGAAACAACCACUACAAAUGGGAUUCGGCUCCGAACGUGGAGUCGUCCUAAUGCCAUUGAUACCACUGACUUUGCAUUAGAAUCGGCCUCGUCACUCAUUACGUACUUUGAAAACUACUUCGGCCUCCCUUAUCAGAUAUCGAAAAUGGACAUGAUUGCUAUUCCUGAUUAUGGACAUGGGGGUAUGGAAAACUGGGGGUUGGUGACGUACCCAGAAGAUGGACUAUUUUUUAACCCGGAUGUAGAUACGAGAUCUGAUCAGGAGAGCAUGCUAACCGUCAUUGCACAUGAAGUCGCUCACCAAUGGUUCGGCAACUUGGUCACCAUGGAGUGGUGGGAUGAUCUCUGGUUGAACGAAGGAUUUGGGACGUACUUUGGAAAUCUGGGGGCCGAUGCCCUUCAUCCGGAAAUCAAGUUUCUGGAUACAAUGGUCGCCGUUAAUAAUCACCUCAUUCUGACCACUGAUGCGCUCUCUACGUCACAUCCUAUCAAGGUACAUGUAACGUCACCAUCAGAAAUUGACGAGCUUUUCGAUGAUAUCUCCUAUAUCAAGGGAGCAGCCGUAAUACGCAUGCUCCAUGAUAUGUUAGGUGAUGACGUAUUUCGAAGUGGAAUCCAACGUUAUCUUAGAAGGUACGAGUACAAGAAUGCGAACUCGGAUCAAUUGUGGGAUGCUCUUACUGAGGCUGACAUGGGCAAUGGUAACAUUGACGUCUGGCAGGUGAUGGAUACAUGGAUUCUACAAAUGGGUUAUCCACUGGUCAACCUGACCAGGAUUGAUGAAAGAACAGUAUCAGCGGUACAACAGAGGUAUCUUGCCAAGGGUCAGGUGUCCGAUCCAAGAGAGAGUCCGUAUGGAUAUGUUUGGUCGAUCUACCUUACCCAUACCGAUAAUGGAUCAAGAAAUUUCAAUGAUUCGCCCUCAGUUUGGAUAAGAGAUCAAGAAAUACAUGAGUUCAGUUUAGCUGAUGGAGUGAGUUUAGAUGAUUGGUAUCUUGGAAACCUUCAUCAGUUUGGUUUCUUCCGAAUCAACUACGAUUUAGAGAACUGGAUGAAACUUAUCCAUCAACUAAAAACUGAUCACGAGGUCAUACCUGUUCUAAACCGAGCCCAGCUUCUGGAAGAUUCCAUGAAUCUUGCUUUUCAUGGUUACCUCCCGAUGUCAGUGGCCUUUGAACUCGUUGGAUACCUUCAGUAUGAAUUCAGUUCAGCCCCAUGGAAUGCUGUCCUUAGUUAUUUGAUCUUCUUCAGGGAUAAUCUGGCUGCCACAUCUCUCCAAGGACCAUUCGAGAGAUAUCUGAGAGAGCUGACGAAUCGAGCGUAUGACGAACUUGGACUGGAGCUUGACGUCGAGACGAUAUCACUUGAUAAAGCGAAGACGAGAGAAAUAAUUCAACCGAUAUCAUGUAAGGUUCGGAAUCCCGAUUGCAGUCGUCAUGCCUUAGAGUUGUUCCAAGAUUUCAAGGCGUCAUACAAUCUCACGGACCCAAGCAGUAAUGUCCUUGACGUCAAUUCGCUGGAAACAUUGCUCUGUACCGCCAUCAGGGAAGGCACCUUCGAGGAAUGGGAUUAUAUAUGGUCGCUAUAUAUCGAUCCUAGAUCUACUAUGACACAAACCAAGUUGUGGAUAUCUGCUCUGGCCUGCACGAUACGUCCAUGGCAGAUACAAAGACUGAUGGAGUAUCCAAUGCAAAACCCAAGAACAGCACGUCAGGUCGGCUUUGUUCUUGAACAAGUAACAAUCACUCCCAUCGGCCGGACGUUGGCAUGGGACUACUUAAGACAAAACUGGGAUGUCUUACAAAACAUGUACGGAGGGUCAUAUAGGUGGUUGACACUCAUUCGUACGAUAGCCAGUGAUUUUAAUACGAAAGCACAACUCGAAGAGUUGACAGCCUUUGUAUAUUCAAGGGAUCUCGGAUAUGGUGUUACUAUUCUCCAGCAAGCCAUUACAUAUACUAAGCUCAACAUUGAUCUUUAUGAUGCUAUAUAUCCAGAAGUACGGGACUGGUUAGAAGCUUAUGAUCAAAGGCAAUGAAUCAUCCGUCUACGUCAUUAGGGAAAAUGGGGGCGAUUCGCUUGGUCAUUACUUCUAAUAUUGGAAUUGAAUGUAGGCCUGUAUUUUUAUAAUUUAUAUAUUUAAGAGUUAAACAAUUGAAACAGCACCCAGAAAUACUAAGGAGACUAACGUAUAUUGUCCCAUCACGACGUCUUUCCAUUGUACGAUGUCACGUAAAAUGUGCGC